UCUGCUCUGUGCAGGUCUGUGAAAACAGGAGAUUCCCAAAAUGAAUAAAGAUGCCCAGAUGAGAGCGACCAUUAACCAAAAGCUGAUAGAAACGGGAGAGCGAGAACGCCUUAAAGAGUUGCUGAGAGCCAAAUUAAUUGAAUGCGGCUGGAAGGAUCAGUUGAAGGCACAUUGCAAAGAUGUCAUUAAAGAAAAAGGAUUAGAGCAUGUUACUGUUGAUGAUUUGGUGGCAGAAAUCACUCCCAAAGGCAGAGCCUUGGUACCUGAUAGUGUAAAGAAAGAACUCUUGCAAAGAAUAAGAACCUUCCUUGCCCAGCAUGCCAGUCUUUAACGUUGAUGUUCAUCUGGGAUACAGUGUUUCUGUUUCUGUAUUACGUCAGUCAUUACUGGAACCCAUUUUCCAUACUUAAGAAUGGAAAAUAUUUUUUUUUUUUUUUGUAUGAUGAGUUGAAGUUUCUUUGCACUGCAUCAAUUUCUUAAACGUGGUGUUAUUUUAAUAAAAAAUUCUGUGGACUU